AUGAGUUUAUUUAGUUUAUCAAAUACAAAGAUUUUUGAUAAAUUGCUAGAAAAAGCGACAAGUCCAUUGUUGCUCGAGCCCGAUUGGGAAUCCGUUCUUCAAUUAUGUGACAUCGUUAAAUCGCAAGAAGUUCCUGCAAAAUACGCCGUUCAAGGAAUUAAGAAGAAAUUCGGUCACGAAAAUGCCCAUGUUAUCCUCAGUUCACUUCAAUGUUUGGAAUCUAUAGUAAAGAAUUGUGGUGGAGCUGUUCAUAAAGAACUCGCUCAACGAGACAUGGUCGAAGCAUUACGAGAAUUAGCAAAGAAUGGGCCGGAUGUGAUUCGUGAUAAAGUCUGUGAAUUGAUUCAAUGUUGGUCUCAUGGUCUCGGUCAACAGUAUAAGAUCUUCACUGACACUUACAAUCUAAUGAAACUGGAAAAUUACCGUUUUCCGCCGUUGAAAGAAAGCGAAGCUAUGUUUGAAAAUGGUGACAUAGCCCCUGAAUGGCGCGACGAUAAAGAAUGCUUUCGCUGUCGACAAGUCUUUACUACAUUCAUUCGAAAACAUCAUUGUCGAGCAUGUGGUGAUAUUUUCUGCGACAAAUGCUCAUCCAAACAAUGUCCUGUUCCCAAAUUUGGCUUUGAUCGCGAUGUUCGUGUUUGUGAUGCAUGUUAUGAAAAACUGACAACAGGAGCGCCAUUAGCUUCCAAUCCAGUUCCAAAACCAAUCACAACAACAAAUACAACGAGAACGUUAUCAUCGUCUGCUCCACCGACGAAAAGUCAAGCAGAAAUCGACGAAGAAGAGUCGUUUCAAUUGGCAUUAGCAAUAUCACAAAGUGAAGCGGAUGAAAAAGAAAGGCAGAAAAAGAUGCUAACACAGAAAUAUGCGAUGUCAAGUUUUCUGACAGCACCAACAAACAACAACAACAGCAACAACAAUUAUAGCACACCAAGUGUCUCGGAAACUAACAAUGAAUAUUCUGAAUUAACAAAAUACAUCGAACGAGGACGCCGAGAACAGCAACAGCAAGAACAACCAAACGGACUCAAUGUUUCCAAUGGACAUACAGUUGAAGCACUUGCACCACUACCUGAUGAAUUAAAUAAAUUUAUUACCGACAGAGAAAUCGAUCAAUUUACAUCACUUGUGACGGAUCAUAUCAAUAAUUUCAAAUUUCGAAUGUUGAGCAAUCAACAACGAAGUAGAAAUAUCACAACAGAUACGGCAGUACAAUCCGUGUUUGUUAUGCUUCAACAUCUUCAUCCUGAAUUACAUCGUUACAUGCAAUUAUUAGAGGAUAAACGAGCCUAUUUCGAAAAUUUACAAGAUAAAUUAAAUCAAUUGAAAGAUGCACGUGAGGCAUUAAAUGCCUUACGUACCGAACAUUACGAAAGAAAGCAACAAGAAGCUUUAGAACGUGAUCGGCAACGGCAAAUUCAAUUAGCGCAAAAACUUGAUUUUAUGAGACAAAAGAAACAAGAAUAUCUUGAGUACCAACGGCAAGUUCAUCUUCAGCGUUUAGCUCAACAAGAACAAGAAAUGAAAACCCGCCUUGAACAACAACGACAGUUAACAUUAGUUCGUGAACAAUUGGCACAAAACCCUCAAUUGCCAAUGGUACCGUAUGACUAUGGUCAGUUACCACAAUCGAAUCUUCCUUAUCAACCGCCAUAUACAACAUUGCCGCCACAAGCAUCAUUCAUGGAUCCAACAAGUCAGCACUCACUUGGGCCCUCAUUUCCAGCCCAACCACCUUUACCUCCGACUCACUAUCCACCUAUGAUGAUGUAUCCACCAAAAAUGGAUGCGAAUUUAUUACCUCAUGUGCCAACUUCAUUACCAUCUAUGCAUGCAAUCCCGUACACAACGGGAGUCAAUGGAGAUAACAACUUCACUGUAUCUUCUGGCACAGUGCCAAUGACUAACAAUGUGAAUAUGUCUUAUAAUCAACAAGCACCACAGCAACAGCAGCAGCAGCAGCAACAACAACAACAACCACCACCGCAGCAUCAAUCGGCUCCUGUUGUCAGUGAAGAAAAACCUGAACUACAAUUGAUAUCUUUUGAUUAA